AUGGUUCGCAUCUUUACCGCCGCUUUCCUUGCUGCUUCUUUGGUUGCCCCUAUCCUCGCGGCACCUGUCAUGAUCUCGAGGACGCUCUCUCACAACAUGUCGGGUUACUUCCACAACAUCGGUAGCCACAUUUCCUCUUCGUGGCGCUCGAGCUCGUCCGAGACCAUCAUCGUCCAGUCCAUGGUGGAGUCUCUGGUCCUGUCCACGGUCACUACCAACGUGGUGAGGGAAAGCGACAUUCAGGAAAUCAUCGAAGAGAUGCAAUCUUUCGGCGUAUCUAUCGAGCAAUCUGACGUUGUCAACGUCAUCGAGAGCCACAUGGUCAACAUCAGCGAGCAGGAGGUGGUUAUCCAGAUGCUCGAGUCGAUCAUGAGCGUCGUCUCCGUCAACGCGGAGUCUAUCUCGAGCUCUUCGGAAUCUGUCUCGAGCUCCUCCGAGUCCAUUUCGAGCUCCUCGGAGAGCUCCGGCUCGUACGGUAGCUACUAAGAGCUUUCCUUUGACGCUGCGAAUACGUUAGGCAUCCGCUGAUCU